GUUGCCUCCCAGUCGGAUUUCUGGGCAAAGUUUGUCCAUCUGCCUAAACUGUGGCCAUCAGAAAGAUGGCGGAGAGUGAGCUGAACGUUGACAGCAUCAUCUCCCGACUGCUGGAAGUCCGAGGAUGUCGUCCAGGGAAGAUAGUACAGAUGACGGAGGCGGAGGUACGAGGGCUCUGCAUCAAGUCCCGGGAAAUUUUCCUCAGCCAGCCAAUCCUGCUGGAGCUGGAAGCGCCGCUCAAAAUCUGCGGUGAUAUACAUGGGCAGUACACAGACCUGCUGAGGCUAUUUGAGUAUGGGGGCUUCCCUCCUGAGGCCAACUAUCUGUUCUUGGGGGACUAUGUGGACAGAGGGAAACAGUCCCUCGAGACCAUCUGCCUGCUACUGGCCUACAAGAUCAAAUACCCAGAGAACUUCUUCUUGCUCAGGGGGAACCACGAGUGUGCUUCCAUCAACCGCAUCUAUGGCUUCUACGACGAGUGCAAGCGGAGGUUCAACAUAAAGCUCUGGAAGACCUUCACAGACUGUUUCAACUGUCUGCCCAUUGCUGCAAUUAUUGACGAAAAGAUCUUCUGUUGCCAUGGAGGGCUGUCGCCUGAUUUGCAGUCCAUGGAGCAAAUUCGCCGCAUCAUGAGACCCACCGAUGUCCCUGAUACAGGCUUGUUGUGUGACCUGCUGUGGUCCGAUCCAGACAAAGAUGUCCAGGGCUGGGGGGAGAAUGACCGUGGCGUCUCUUUCACCUUCGGUGCUGACGUGGUCAGCAAGUUUCUCAAUCGUCAUGACCUGGACCUCAUUUGUCGAGCCCAUCAGGUUGUUGAAGAUGGAUACGAGUUCUUUGCCAAACGACAGCUGGUGACACUGUUCUCUGCCCCCAACUACUGUGGCGAGUUUGACAACGCGGGGGGAAUGAUGAGUGUAGACGAGUCCCUCAUGUGCUCCUUCCAGAUCCUGAAGCCGUCAGAGAAAAAGGCCAAGUACCAGUACGGGGGCGUGAAUUCAGGACGCCCCGUCACCCCUCCCCGUACCGCUCAAGCCCCCAAGAAGAGGUGAGCUGCAGGCUCCAUCUUUCCUCCUCCC